AUGGAAUCGAAUAUGAUUGAAAAAUUGAAAGCAUAUGGCGUUGGACAUCGUAAACUACACGACGAGCUUUUUGUAGGGGACAAGCCACCCGCGCGGUUAGGGGUUUACGACGUCGACGAAGAGAACCUUUGCCAUGAAGUUAUUCCAACCAGCUGUAACGUCGCCGGCUGCGCUUUUAAGUCGGACUCGCUUCUGGAAUACGAGAACCACUAUAACGCGUCGCACCGGUACUCCUGCGGACAAUGCAAGAAAAUGCUUCCUUCGCCUCAUCUCCUCGAUUUGCACUUGCAGGAGAGGCACGACUCGUUCUUCGCCGUCCUGGCUGCUAAGAAACCCUCUUAUUGCUGUUACAUAGAGGAAUGCAAAGAAAAAUUCAUGAAUGCAGAUGAACGGUUAGAACAUUGUGUGAAGAUUCAUAAAAUACCAAAGGACUUUAGAUUUGAUCAGAAGCCUAAAGCUGCAAAGUGCAAAAAUAAGAAUAUAUGUGACCUUCCUAUGGAGCUGGAUGUGGAAAGUAGUAAACAGCUGAAUAAGUUUGCAUUUAGUAAUUGUAAGCAAAAAGUAUUUGUGAAAUCUAUGAAUCUUAGGAAAGUAAACUAUAAAAACAAUGGAUCUAGUACAACAAACAUUGAUGAUGUUAUGUUAGAUUUAAAAGAAAGCUUACCAACU